CAAAAAUGUGACGACAAACAAUAAAGUCUGAUAUUGUAUCGCAGACUCGCAGAGCGGAAACCCAUAUAUUCAUGAAUUUGUGACGACAAGCUGCCUAGACAUUUCUAAUAAAAACUUUUUAAAUAAAACAUUGACCGCAUUGUUUGAGACAUCGGGAGAUUAGACUGACAGAAUGAGUGCUUUUCUCCGGUGGUAUUCCCGCCACUUGAAAAAACACCAGUUUGCAAUGAACAUGGUUACAACAGGAACCGGGUUCUUUCUCGGCGACAUCCUCUCUCAACAGGUAAUAGAAAAGAAGGGAAAGGAUCAUGAACUGGAACGAACUGUCAGAUCUGUUACAGUUGGCUCGUUCUACAUCGCCCCCGUCAUCACAUUUCUCUACAACUUUGUUGACAAGGUAUGUGGUCCGUCACAAACGCCGCUAAAUUCUCUGAAGAAAACUGGUUUUUUAAGUCUACUGAGUCCGAUCACCAGUGCUGGAUACGUCAUCUGCAAUAAUGUCCUCCAAAACAAACCCCUUGACUACACCAUCAAUCAGUUGAAAGACGAUUUACUGACGAUAGUCCUAGUUCAGUACAAGAUCUGGAUACCUACUAACUUUAUUCUGAUGACUGUGGUCCCUCUAAGAUACAGAAUGGUUCUCAGUAACUUUGUUGGGAUCCUCUGGACCUGUUAUCUUACUCACGCUUCUAAUACUGGCACCCAUGGGACAGUGAAGGGGGAGGAGGAAGAGAAGGAGAAGAAGCCUGGGUAACGUUGGUAACCUUGGUAA